AUGUCUUUUCGAAUCGAUCAAAAACAAUUUUUUCUUGAUACAUAUAGAACUCGAAAUAGGGAUACAUUAACAAAUAUAGAUCAAGCUGAUUGUGAACAGGCUGUUGAAAAAUUUUUUCAAGAUUUUCUUAAGCAACAAUCCAAUUUUGGAUUAAAAGGUCCUGCUCUCUAUCGAGAUAAACAUAUUACAUUUUUGCUUAAAGGUCUUCGCCAUGUGCCACGUACUCAUGAAUCACUUGAUGCUAGUCGACCAUGGCUUAUCUAUUGGAUUAUUCAAUCUUUAUAUUUAUUGGAUGAACAAUUAUCUGAGGCGUAUAUUAAUGAUAUUUGUGACUUUUUACAACGAUGUCAACAUCCAAAUGGUGGCUUUGGAGGUGGUCCUGGUCAAAUAGCUCAUUUAGCUCCAACUUAUGCUGCUGUUAAUGCUCUUUGUUUAUUAAGAAGUGAAAAAGCUUAUAAAAUUCUUAAUCGGGAAAAGUUAUCGACAUGGUUAGAAACAAUACGUAAUCCAUCGAACGGAAGUUUUAGCCUUCAUGUUAAUGGUGAAUCAGAUAUUCGUGCAACAUAUUGUGCUGCAAGUGUAGCUACUUUAUGUCAAUUAGAAGAUCGAGCUGAACUUUUUGAAGAUACUGCUGAAUGGGUAGCAAGUUGUCAAACAUAUGAAGGUGGUUUUGGUGCAUGUCCAGGUGCUGAAGCACAUGGUGGAUAUUCAUUUUGUGGUUAUGCAACACUUUUAUUACUUGAUCGAGAAUCACUAUGUGACCGUGAAAGUUUACUUAGAUGGACUGUUAAUCGACAAAUGACAUUUGAAGGUGGUUUUCAAGGUCGUGCAAAUAAACUUGUAGAUGGAUGUUAUUCAUUUUGGGUUGGUGCACUUUUACCACUUAUUCAAGCUGUUCAACGAAAAAAACCUACACGAGAUAAUUCAGAUAUUGUUAAAAAUCAUGAACACCUUUUUGAUACAAUUGCUGCUCAAGAAUAUGUUCUUCUUUGUUGUCAAGUAUAUCAAAUAGGUGGAUUUACUGAUCGACCUAAAGUUAAUUCAGGUGGUAGUGAUUUCUAUCAUACAUGUUACUGUUUAAGUGGUCUCAGUUUAUUUCAAGAUGAUGGACAAGAUCAAACAUCAAUUAUAUGUGGUGAUCAUGAAAAUAAAUUACGCAAUACACAUCCUUUGUUCAACAUUGGACCCGAAUGUGCUCGAGAAGCCAUGGAUUACUAUUCACACGAGAAACAGUAG